GCCCCGCCCAUUUGGCUGGGGCCUCGCGCUCUGCUUCUGCUUCCCGUCUCGCGCCGGCUUUGGCGAGCCGGGAAGGUCAGAGCAGCAGCAAUUGGCAAGCGAGAAGCAUCAGAAGUGGGCACAGUGCAAAAGGCGUGGGGCAACUUUGUAACAGGGUGAUCCUGCAUUCUGGAUCUUGGCAACAUGGCAAGUCUCCUGCGUACAGUAGUCACUAAUUGCUCCAGUCCUCUCUUCAACAACGUGGUUUGUCACAAGGUGAAGACAGUAAAAACACCAUGUUUACGGGCAUUCCGCACCCAUCAGGUGGUAUGGUGCCAGGCACCUGUCAAACAAGGUAUCCCUUAUAAGCAACUGACGGUGGGAGUCCCUAAGGAGAUAUUUCAAAAUGAGAAGAGAGUUGCUCUGUCACCAGCUGGAGUGCAAGCUUUGGUUAAGCAAGGCUUCAAUGUUGUGGUGGAAUCGAAUGCGGGAGAAGCCUCCAAAUUCUCUGAUGACCAUUACAGAGAAGCAGGAGCACAGAUCCAAGGAACCAAGGAAGUGCUGGCUUCAGAUUUAGUUGUCAAAGUGAGAGCCCCUAUAUUAAAUCCUGUGCUCGGCGUGCAUGAGGCCGAUCUGUUUAAGACGUCUGGUACCCUGGUCAGUUUUAUCUAUCCAGCUCAAAACCCAGACCUCCUAAACAAACUAGCAGAAAGAAAAACUACCGUCUUGGCUAUGGAUCAGGUUCCACGUGUGACCAUUGCUCAGGGAUAUGAUGCGCUUAGCUCCAUGGCCAACAUUGCUGGCUACAAGGCAGUUGUGUUAGCAGCCAAUCACUUUGGUCGUUUCUUCACGGGUCAGAUCACAGCAGCUGGCAAAGUCCCUCCUGCUAAGGUUUUGAUCAUUGGAGGUGGAGUUGCUGGGUUAGCAUCUGCAGGAGCCGCUAGGUCUAUGGGAGCUGUAGUCCGUGGGUUUGAUACCAGAGCUGCAGCACUGGAACAAUUCAAAUCUCUAGGGGCCGAGCCUUUGGAAGUUGACCUAAAGGAAUCUGGGGAAGGUCAAGGCGGCUACGCAAAAGAGAUGUCCAAAGAGUUCAUUGAAGCUGAAAUGAAACUCUUUGCCAAACAGUGCCAGGAGGUCGACAUCAUUAUCACAACAGCACUAAUUCCUGGUAAAAAAGCUCCAAUCCUUUUUCGGAAGGAUAUGAUUGAAUUGAUGAAGGAAGGCUCAGUAGUUGUAGAUCUAGCUUCUGAAGCAGGGGGAAACAUUGAAACUACUAAGCCAGGAGAACUCUAUGUUCACAAGGGAAUCACACACAUAGGUUACACAGACCUUCCCAGCAGAAUGGCGACACAAGCAAGCACUCUGUAUUCCAACAAUAUCACCAAGCUCCUAAAAGCCAUCAGUCCAGACAAAGAUAAUUUCUACUUUGACAUAAAGGAUGACUAUGACUAUGGGACUCUGGACCAUGUUGUUAGAGGAACAGUGGUAAUGAAGGGUGGAAAGGUGAUUUUCCCAGCGCCGCCUCCGAAAAACAUUCCUCAGGGAGUGCCUGUGAAGCAGAAGUCUGUGGCAGAGCUGGAGGCAGAAAAAGCUGCCACUGUGACACCUUUCAGGAAAACCAUGACUACUGCUUCUGCAUACACAGCAGGUCUUACUAGUAUGCUUGGAUUGGGUAUUGCAGCUCCAAAUUCAGCCUUCACUCAGAUGGUUACAACAUUCGGCUUGGCUGGGAUUGUUGGGUACCACACUGUGUGGGGUGUGACUCCUUCACUGCAUUCACCACUCAUGUCUGUGACUAAUGCCAUCUCAGGGCUGACUGCAGUUGGUGGACUAGCACUGAUGGGGGGGAAAUACCUCCCUGAAACAAUGCCUCAAAGCCUUGCUGUUCUUGCUGCUUUCGUAUCCUCUGUCAACAUUGCAGGUGGCUUCCUGGUCACUCAGAGGAUGUUGGACAUGUUCAAGCGCCCUACUGAUCCUCCAGAGUACAAUUACUUAUACCUGUUGCCUGCUGGCGUAUUUGUAGGAGGAUACGGAGCAGCUCUCCAAAGCGGGUAUAAUGUUGAACAGAUGAUUUAUCUGGGUUCAGGCUUGUGCUGUGUGGGUGCUCUGGCUGGCCUCUCUACGCAAGGAACAGCUCGACUUGGAAAUGCUUUGGGCAUGAUAGGCGUUGCUGGGGGCUUGGCAGCUACACUCGGAGGUCUAAAACCACCCCCUGAGCUCCUGGCCCAGAUGUCGGGUGCGAUGGCCCUUGGCGGCACCAUAGGUCUGACAAUUGCUAAACGUAUCCAGAUCUCAGAUUUACCUCAGUUGGUGGCUGCUUUCCACAGCUUGGUUGGUCUGGCUGCUGUGCUCACCUGUGUAGCGGAGUACAUGAUUGAGUAUCCCCACUUUGCUACUGACCCGGCUGCAAACCUCACCAAGAUUGUGGCCUAUCUUGGCACGUAUAUUGGAGGAGUAACUUUUAGUGGUUCUCUUGUUGCUUAUGGAAAGCUUCAAGGUAUCCUGAAUUCUGCUCCACUCCUCUUACCAGGCCGGCAUGCACUGAAUGCCAGUUUGCUAGCUGCAAGUAUAGGUGGGAUGGUUCCCUAUAUGAUUGAUCCUAGUUACACAACUGGGCUGACUUGUUUAGGGUCUGUGUCAGCUCUGUCUGCUGUUAUGGGUGUCACUUUAACAGCAGCCAUAGGAGGGGCUGACAUGCCAGUUGUUAUAACAGUCCUGAACAGCUAUUCUGGCUGGGCACUCUGUGCUGAAGGGUUCCUGCUCAACAACAAUUUGCUAACAAUCGUGGGCGCGCUGAUUGGCUCCUCUGGUGCCAUCCUGUCUUAUAUCAUGUGUGUGGCCAUGAAUCGCUCUCUCGCCAAUGUGAUCCUUGGUGGAUAUGGCACGACUUCAACAGCGGGUGGAAAACCAAUGGAAAUUACUGGCACUCAUACAGAAGUGAAUGUGGACAAUGCAGUGGAGAUGAUAAAGGAAGCCAAUAACAUAAUAAUCACUCCAGGUUAUGGUCUUUGUGCAGCAAAAGCUCAGUACCCGAUUGCUGACUUAGUGAAAAUGCUGAGUGAACAAGGCAAGAAAGUCCGGUUUGGUAUUCACCCUGUAGCUGGCCGCAUGCCUGGACAACUGAAUGUGCUCCUUGCAGAAGCUGGUGUACCAUAUGACAUCGUUCUAGAAAUGGAUGAAAUCAAUGAAGAUUUUCCAGAAACCGAUCUUGUCCUUGUCAUUGGUGCCAAUGACACAGUUAAUUCAGCUGCCCAGGAAGAUCCUAACUCUAUCAUCGCUGGGAUGCCGGUUCUAGAAGUCUGGAAGGCAAAGCAGGUCAUUGUUAUGAAGAGAUCUCUGGGUGUUGGCUAUGCAGCUGUGGACAAUCCGAUCUUUUACAAGCCCAACACUGCCAUGCUCUUAGGAGAUGCUAAGAAGACUUGUGAUGCUCUGCAGGCCAAAGUGAGAGAGUCCGGCCAGAAUUAAAUACCAAUUGUUUAAAAAACAAAACCCAAGAAAACCUGCUACCCUUUGGCCAGUAUGAACAAAAAUUCAAAAAGUGUUAUAUACAUCAAUGUUAAGUCAAGGGUUCUUAAGGUCCAGAAAUAAAGUGAAAAUUUAUGUAAGAGUAUAAAUUGGCAGGGGUGGGGUGUGGGUGGUGAUACCUGGUGACCUCGUUUGGGAAGUGUGGAACCUAGAAUAAGUCUAUUUUUGAAUGCAGUGCAUUUCAGGAAUCUUUCCUUGGUAGCCACACAUGUAACACAAUGACACUCAGGAAUUUGAGGGAUGCGUCUAUUUAGUGUCACACAAGACAUAAGGGAAAUGUGCAUGUAUGCAGUGCAGUUGCUGCUAGCUCUAAUAGACCUAUUACUUCACUUCUUUUGAUUCCAAGUGGAUACAGAACUUAAUUUGGCAGGUUAUUCAUUGCCAAAUCUUAGGCCCCUAACUGGAUAUUUCAAAUUUGGACUAAUCUGCAACCUUUUAAAUUGUCUUUCUGUGUGUGCUACUUCUGAUGCUUUUUGAAAUAAUUGUGUUUGAGAUGCUGGAACUGGGCAUUUUUUGUCCAACGUACUUCACAUGCUGGAAGAAGGUGCAAUUUGAGUGUCUAUCGAGAAUAACUUUUUAAAUUAAUAAAUCAUGUGGGCAAUAUAUGGAAACCCAAUAAGCUUCAGGGGAAAAAAAUUCUGAUUGCUGGUCUUCCUUUUUAAUCUGAGCAAAAUAACACUGAAAUGCUGCAGUUCAGUGGUAAAUAUGUUUGUUUUAUGGCUUCCAGUGCAGCCUUGAUCAUGUUCAGUGCACUUGAGUGGAACUCAAAUGUUUGACUAAUAAAAUGAAUUUGUCAUGUUUGCAUAAUGAUGUAGCAACCGUUCGUGGUGACAGAAGCAAAAUAAAUAGCUGUACUUGUGUUAGAAAGCCUUAACAUCUGGGCAAGACAGGCUACUAUGAAGUGAGUUAAACUUAGCCCAACUUGACUGUUUAUAAAUCCAGAUUUUUAUCAUUGUGCUUAUUGGGACCAUCUAAUUUAAUAGCAGAUGAAAAUCUUGUCCAUUUAGCUACCUCCUGCUUUUCAUAUGGUGAGGAUCCCAUAUAGUGAACAUCAAGAGAUGGCCAUGGGCCGAAUCUAGCUAUGCUUCCAGGUCCACUGAACCAACAGGAGUGGUCUUUUGUUCAGCACCCUCUCAUUCCAGUGGGGCUUGCACAGAAGAAGCGCUCAGAUUGAUUGCAUUCAGCAUUUUUAGAAAUCUUAUUUUUUAAUGUUGCUCAGAAAAAAGUACCUAAAACAAUAUUUAAGUUGUUCUGUUGAAUAAGAAUACUUGAGCCACAGCAUUCUAAUGUAAAACUAGGGGCAGCUAUGUUUCAGUAGGAGCUGUUCAGGACCUUAACUUUUGUACCAUGCGUUUCUGGACAACCUCCACAAUAAUGUGGCCAAGAAGAGAUGCAUCAGCCUUGGAAUGUUGAGUGCUGCCUUAAAGGCUGCAGCGUCCAACUUUUUAAAAUGUCUCCCCCCACCCCUUUUAAUUUUAAGAUAUACAAGCAGUUUGUAACAGGACCAGAAAUACUAUUGUUAACUCUAGAAUUGUGUUUAUAUUAUGAGACGUGAAGAGAAUUAUUAAAAAAAAGUAAUAAUAAUAAAGCAAACAAAAUUGAAGUA